AAUAUUAAAUGGAUCCUAUAAUUAAUAAAUUCAAGCCACUAGAUAAUGAAGACGACAAUAAAAAUGGCUGCCCAAAGGACGAGGAGAAUUGUGAUGACAAAAGGUCUAAUCUGGAUAAACUUUUUGAAAAACUGUACCCAAAGCAACGUAAUUGCGUUAAGGAAGAGUUGAGUAUUAAGCAAUCCAAGCUGGGAACUAGUGACUCCAAUUGGGAAUUUUAUAAGAAUUUUUUUAUCAAGAGCCCCAUCGAUUUUUCCUGGAAAAAGGCCUUUGAGAAAGGUAAUCUAAAGGGAGAGGACUUUGACAUUGACUAUGAGAAUAUAUUCGAAGAUGUGGGCAAACUGACGGAGGUGGAGAAGCAGCUGCAGUUGCUCUACAGACCCUUCACCUGUGUCAUGGAUGUCGGUUGCCGAUUCAAUAUGUACGAGCUGUGCUUGCUCAUGAUCGAUUCCCGAUACGAUCCUGGUAGUCAUCCUUCCCUCUCCGUGAAGGUGACCCAUCCCAGUGCCCAAGUAAAGAUCCAUGCGGGCGGGACGAUUGUGGCCACCGCUUUAUCAGCCGAUUCGGCCAGGUGCGCUCUGUUCAAGGUGGUUAGGAUCCUGCAGGAUCUGGACUACAAGGCGGACAUGAAGAACUUCAGCAAGAACAUCGUAAACGCCUCCUUCAGCAUGCCAUUUAAACUCGACCUGGAGCUGAUGAUCCGCCGGCAUGCGGAGGAGGUGACCCACAACAGGAGCAAGCGACCCUUCAUCACAUACACCAACGAUGAGGCAGGCGUGAGAUUUGCCGUCUUUCCCACAGGAUUCGUUUUGGUCCUUCACUCCACGAGCCACAGUGAAACGCGGGCAGCCAUGGCCUCAUUCCUGCCGAUCCUGGCCAGGUUCAAGAAUGGAUAUCCCACUGCAGUGGAGCAGCAGGGAUUGCUGGUGGGGGAUCUGUCGUAUAAAUUGGUGUGGGAAAGGCGGCUGGAGAAGGACAAGGAGGGCCUGUUGCUUUACUCUUGAGACAUUGAUUUUAUUUUACUUUACAAUACAUUAUUUUCAGAUUUUAAUUUUUACCUAAAAACGAAAUUGCUGAGUAAUAA